GAAAGCCACUGUCUUCUGUAUAAUCUUCCCACAAGAUGAACUCAGCGGUUCACCACAGCCUAAGUCCUCUGCAGCUGCAGGUGCCUCCAGGGAGCCUCUCUGCAAGCAGAGUUCAUUUCAGCUUAACCUAUGGUUCUCUUAAUGUUUCCCAGAGUUCCAAACGAAGCCACUUGGUUUCAAGUCCAUUACAGAUGAACUGCAAGCUCCACGCCUUCUCGGAGUGGUCCAAUAUGAAUGGAGAGGAGAGAGGGAAGAACAAUUUGGUGAGAGGAGUGGGAGGAGCUUCGCUAUCGAUGGCCGGUGUUCUUGGGGCGUUCAGUCCCAAUGGUAAGAUGAUGAACUCCAAGCCCAUCAUGGCCUGUUCUGGCCAGUAUCCUCACAAUGCCGAAGGUCCUCUAAUGGGUGUGUUGCAAGAAAUGAUGACGAACCGAAACAAGAACUUUGUUUUCGGAGGCGAGCCUAACCGCAAUCAAAUUGAAGAGCUGAAGUUUUAUGCAAUGACUCUAUCAACGAAAGAUCCAGAACGAGCUGUAGAAAUCAUGCGUAAAGAACGAGAACGCUGGGCGGGCAGAGAAGCAGAAGGUAAUCUGUUAAUGGCGCUCAUCGAGUUGCUCUUGUCUCAGGGGAAAUACCAGGAAGCGAAAGAAACCAUUCAGGACCUAAUGAAGGAUAUGGCCAGUGUGCCGGAGGAAAAGGUUUAUUUUCUCAAGGCUAUGGCAGAAUCUGAAGCUGACAUAACAAAGGCAGCAGCAUCCUGGGAAGAAUACCAGCGCAAAGCUUCGGAGGAGACUUCACCGCAUCAUGACCCACGACUUCGCAAGCCAUAAAAUUCAAAUGUCAUCAUCAUACAUUCAUAUGUGCUUUUUUCACUUUUUACAUCAUGAUUUAUUAAUAUGAUACGUAUCAUUAAUAUUUCCUUUGUUGGGGGGGGGGGUGUUUGUUUUAUAUAUAUAAAAAAAAAUG